AUGGCGGCAGGUGUAGCAGCAUGGCUGCCUUUUGCCAGAGCAGCUGCCAUAGGAUGGAUGCCAGUAGCCAAUUGUCCUAUGCCACUGGCCCCAACAGAUAAAAAUAAGAGGCAAGAUGAGCUGAUUAUUCUUAAUGUGAGUGGCAGGCGCUUCCAGACAUGGAGGACUACAUUGGAGAGGUACCCUGAUACUCUGCUUGGCAGCACAGAGAAAGAAUUCUUCUUCAAUGAAGACACAAAGGAAUACUUUUUUGACCGGGACCCUGACGUCUUUAGGAGUAUCUUAAAUUUUUACAGAACUGGCAAACUGCACUACCCAAGAUAUGAAUGCAUCUCGGCCUAUGAUGAGGAGCUUGCCUUUUAUGGAAUCCUACCUGAUAUCAUUGGGGACUGUUGCUAUGAAGAGUACAAAGACAGGAAACGAGAAAAUGCUGAGCGGUUGAUGGAUGACAGUGACUCGGAGAAUAAACAAGAGUCCAUGCCAGCUCUGAGCUUCCGGCAGACCAUGUGGCGAGCCUUUGAGAACCCCCAUACCAGCACUUUGGCCUUAGUCUUUUACUAUGUCACUGGCUUCUUUAUUGCAGUCUCUGUUAUCACCAAUGUAGUGGAGACUGUCCCUUGUGGUACAGUUCCUGGCAACAAGGAACUGCCUUGUGGGGAGAGAUAUGAAAUGGCAUUUUUCUGCUUGGACACAGCUUGUGUUAUGAUUUUUACAGUCGAGUACCUUUUACGACUCUUUGCAGCCCCCAGUCGCUACAGGUUCAUCAGGAGUGUGAUGAGUAUCAUUGAUGUGGUAGCCAUUAUGCCCUACUACAUUGGCUUAGUGAUGACAGACAAUGAAGAUGUCAGUGGAGCCUUUGUGACUCUGAGGGUGUUCAGGGUUUUCCGGAUUUUCAAGUUCUCCCGUCAUUCCCAAGGCUUGCGAAUCUUGGGGUACACUCUGAAGAGCUGUGCAUCUGAACUUGGUUUUCUUCUUUUUUCCCUCACUAUGGCAAUCAUAAUCUUUGCUACUGUGAUGUUUUAUGCAGAGAAAGGAUCUUCAGCCAGCAAGUUCACCAGCAUCCCAGCUUCUUUUUGGUACACUAUUGUCACCAUGACAACCCUUGGUUAUGGGGACAUGGUGCCCAAGACAAUUGCUGGCAAGAUAUUUGGCUCCAUUUGUUCACUGAGUGGCGUGCUGGUCAUUGCUCUGCCUGUCCCAGUUAUUGUUUCCAACUUCAGCCGGAUUUACCAUCAGAAUCAAAGAGCUGACAAGAGAAGAGCUCAAAAGAAAGCUCGGCUAGCCAGAAUCCGUGUGGCCAAGACAGGCAGUUCCAAUGCUUACCUGCACAGUAAGCGCAACGGCCUUCUGAAUGAAGCUCUGGAGUUGACGGGGUCUAUUGAUGAUGAGCACAACAUCAGCAAAUCCACUUCUCUAAUAGAAAGUCAGCAUCACCACCUGCUGCACUGCCUGGAAAAAACAACUGGAUUGUCCUAUCUUGGGGAUGAUCCCCUGUUAUCUGUACGAACUUCCACCUUCAAGAACCACGAGUUCAUUGAUGAGCAGAUGUUUGAGCAGAACUGCAUGGAGAGCUCAAUGCAAAACUACCCGUCCACUCGUAGCCCCUCACUUUCGAGUCACAAUGGCGUGACCACCUCCUGCUGUUCUCGCCGCAGCAAGAAGACUACGCACCUUCCUAACUCCAGUGUGCCAGCAACCCGGCUGCGGAGUAUGCAGGAACUCAGCACCAUACACAUCCAAUGCAGUGAGCAACCCUCACUCACAACAAGUCGUUCCAGUCUAAAUCUGAAAGCAGAUGACGGACUGAGACCGAACUGCAAAACUGCCCAAAUAACAACAGCAAUCAUCAGCAUCCCAACCCCUCCUGCGCUCACACCUGAAGGCGAAAGCAGGCCUGCCCCAUCCAGCCCCAGCCACGCCACGAACAUUACCACCGCAGGCAGCAACGUUGUCAAGGUUUCGGCUUUGUAA